AUGAUCAUCACCCACACCAGGACCACCACCAUCAUCACGAUCACCACCACCACCAUCACCAACCACCGCCAUCGUAAUCAUCAUGAUCGUCGUCGUCGUCGUCACCAUCAUCAUCGUCAGCAUCAUCAUCAGCAUCAUCAUCAUCAGCAUCAUCAACAGCAGCAGCAGCAGCAGCAGCAGCAGCAGCAGCAGCAUCGUCGUCGUCGUCACCACGACGCUGCUCUACCGAGCACAACACCCCGCCAGGAACGUAAGUCGUCUACAGACUAUUCCGAGCUCCGACAUCGAACUGAGGUUAAUUCGGACCCUCGGCGCCAUGGUGCACGCGUUAAAAACGAUAACACCGAUCGCCGAGAUCCAAAUGGGCUUCGACGUCGCACCGCACGAGUGCAGAGCGACUAG